GAGUACACGGAUGGCUCUAGAUCACCUGGAGUCUGUUCCAGAGAAGCUCAAUCUGCUGGAUGACAUGAAGGAUCUAAACGACUCUCACCUCCAGCGUGAAGUAAUGGAGGAAAGGUACGCGCAGUAUCGGGAGAUCAUCGGCUCCUUGCAGCAACAGCUGGAAGACUCAAAGCGGCGAAUCCAGGAAUACAGGGAAGAAAAAUUCAAAGCAGACAUCCAGAACGCCCGCUUAUCGGCGCUGUCCUCUUCACUGCGUGCAAACAGCAGCUUCCUGUCCAGCUCUCUGCGUUCAGAUGUCACCUCACCAAUAAAGAGAGGAACGCCGCCUUAUUCUGAGGGCCUAAAAGAUUCCACAAGGAGCCUCACCCUGAAUGGAGUGACGUCCUGA